AUUGACACUCCCCUCUUCUCCUCCUUCUCACUCUUUGAAGCCGGAAACUGUUGGCAGCUUCUUCUUUUCUCUCUCGCUCCUCAAGCAAAGCCAUGGCUUCUGCAAACCCAGUCCAGUCCCUUCUGCAUGAGCUCACUUGCUCCUUCUGCCUGAAGGAGUUCAUGGACCCAGUGAUGCUCAUCGGAUGCGGGCAUAACUUCUGCAAAGCUUGCAUCACUAAGCACUGGAAAGGCUCCCUUAAGAACGUCUGCUGCCCUCAGUGCAAGAGGUGUUUCUUGAAGGCCGAGCUGCAGCAAAACGGGCCGCUGAAGAAGAUGGUGGAGGCAAGUCGGCAGAUCACCUGGGGAAGCCUGAAAGAGCCAGCCGUGUCCGAGAGCACCUGCCCUUCGCACAAGAAGCCUCUGACACUUUUCUGCCAAAAGGACAGCAUCCUGAUCUGUGCAAAGUGUGAGGAUCAGCAUCAGGACCACACCAUCCUGCCCAUACAGAAGGCUAUUGACGAGCGAAAGGAGCAAAUUCUGAGCAAGCUGAAGCAACAACAAGUUUCGGUUGAAAGGUUCAAAGAAGCUCUUGCAUGUGGUGCCAAGGAACUGCUGGAUCAGGCAAGCCUUGCACACCAGGCGCUAGUGACUGAGGUCGAAAACUUCUGCCAGUCUUUGAAGGAUCAGGCGCAGUUCCUGGUGCUCUACCUGGAAGAGCUGAAAAGCACAAUCUUAAAGAAGAAGGAGGAAGACGACAGCAAAUAUACCAGGGAUGUGACUCAGCUCGAUGUCUUGACCAGUGCUGUAGAGACGAUGUGCGCUCAGUUAGGGGUUGAGCUCCUGAAAGGACCACCCCAAGUCGAUGUCUUGAUCAGUGAGGCAGAGAAGAUACAUCGUCACCGAUCGGAUGAAUUUUGCAAGGAAUAUGAAAUGUUCACCAACUGGUUUGGUGAAGAACAUUAUAAGGAAAACAGUUCCGGGGAUCUGGAAAACAAAUGCUACGAAAUCACUGAGCUAAAUAAAACUUUGAAGAAGACGUUUCAGAAAUUCAAAGGUCAGAUGGCAACUGAGCUGUGGAAAGCCAGAAACAAAGUCCUGAAGAAAUAUGAACAAGAAAGUGUGUACUUGGAUCGUGACACAGCGCACACCUCGCUGGUCCUUUCAGAGGACCAGGGGAGCGCCUGGAAGUCGCACGAGUCGCCUGAGGAGAUGCCUUAUCACCCUGAGAGAUUUGAGAACCGUCAGUGUGUGCUGGGCUUAAACGGAUACACCUCGGGGAGAGUCUACUGGGAAGUUGAUGUGGAAAAGGCGAAAGAAUGGGGUGCUGGGGUGGCCAGAAAAUCCGUGGAGAGGAAGGGCCCUCUGGACUUUAACCCUGAUGCCGGAAUCUGGGGAGUAGGCCUAGACAGAGUUGGGUUAAACAAGGGGUACUGGGCUUUCACCCUUCAAGGUCCUAUUCCCUUGACCGUGCCAAAACCCCUCAAGAAGAUCCAGGUGUAUCUAGAUUACAACAAAGGGGAGGUGUCAUUUUGCAACGCCACCGAUGCUGAAACCUUAAUCUUUACCUUCCCUCUGGCCGCAUUCAAUGGAGAACAAAUCUAUCCCUGGUUUUGGGUUGGGAAGGGGCCCAUCAAAAUAUGCCAGUUAGAACCAGAAGAUAUCGAGUUCAAACUGGUAGAGGCUGGGCUUAUUAAACCUUGGGAGUACAGUGGUAUCUCUGGUUUUUGAUAAAAGAUACAGUGGUAACUCUGGUUACGAACUUAAUUCGUUCCGGAGGUCCAUUCUUAACCUGAAACCGUUCUUAACCUGAAGCACCACUUUAGCUAAUGGGGCCUCCCGCUGCCGCCGCGCGUUUUCUGUUCUCAUCCUUAAGCAAAGUUCUUAACCCAAGGUACUAUUUCUGGGUUAGCAGAUUCUGUAACCUGAAGCGUAUGUAACCUGAGGUACCACUGUACUAUGAUUUCUGAGGAAUCUCCUCUUUGUAGGCAUUCCCUGGAUUUGCAACUCCUAAGCACUCUUACUUCCUGUUGCAAUACAUUCCCCUUUGUAAGUUGGGGUCUGUGGCCAGCUCCCUCCUUGCUUCCUCUACUUAAAUCACUUGGGUGGGAAUGGCCUCAGGGCAUCUUCCUGUAUGGAAAUCUUAAGUACCGGUCAGGUGGUUAAGCAUGUGACCCUGUUUCUUUUCAGGAGGCAGUCAAUUCGGAAGGGAAAGGCGCACAAACGAUUGCAGCAGUUGUACGUAUGGGGCUGUAGCCAACCUAGUGACGCGCUGGGAUUUCUCCUUGCAUGAUGGAAUAUUCUCUCCCUCUGCUCCCCCCAACCUAUUUUUGAGGUCCUUCCAACGCUCUGUGGCAGUUUGGGGGAGGGGGGAAGUCUCAUUGUGCAAGUAGAAAUCCUGGUGCUGGCGGGACGCAUUAGUUGAACACUUCCCUCAGCUUCCAUGCCUAUCGAUGCAAUGCUGGGUGUGGAAUAAAUCAGGACAUAUUUUUGGUGCAUGCCUUGUUUUUUUUGGGGGGGGGUGGAGUGGUGUGGAAUGCAACGUGCAUUGCUUUGUUGGUAUGGCUCCAUCAAUACUGUUGGCAACCUGGUACCAUCCAGAUGUUUUAGACUACAACUCUCAUUGGCCUCAGGCAGCAUGGCCAUAUGGAGUUUAGAACAUCUGGAGGGUGCCAGG